UAUCUGUCAAGUAACUAAACCCAAAUUUUAUCAUCUGUCCUCAUGUUUAUUGCUAUUUAUUAUAAUUUACAGUUUAGUGCAUCCUUAAAAGUGCCGAUCUAUUGAUAAGUAUUAAAAUAACGAACUAUUGACUAUAUCAACCACUUGGUGUUUCUUUAAUAACAUUUUUUCAAUCGAGAAAAAAAUGUUCUAAAUUCCAUUGUAAAAAUAAAUCAUCCUAAAGUCUUUACUGAUCUGCGUAGACAAUAAUUUUGUGUGUUAGUUAGUGAACAUUGAGAACCUCGAGAGAAUCAUGGCAGAUUCGGCAAGUGAAUCGGAUUCUAGCAGCAUUGAUGGAGGCCCUAUAAUGAUGCCCCCCAGCCCUAUCACAAGGGAGCAGCUCCAAAAAAGAAUUGAGAGCCUCCAACAGCAAAAUCGCGUUCUUAAGGUUGAAUUAGAAACAUACAAGCUGCGAGUAAAGGCUUUACAAGAGGAGAAUAGAGAUCUUCGAAAAGCAUCUGUUAUUAUUCAAGCAAAGGCUGAGCAAGAGGAGGAGUACAUCUCGAAUACCCUCCUUAAGAAGAUUCAGGCUCUCAAGAAAGAAAAGGAAUCUCUCGCCCACCACUACGAGAGAGAAGAAGAAUGCCUUACUAAUGAUCUCUCUAGAAAACUAACUCAGCUGAGGCAGGAGAAAUGUCGCUUAGAGCAGACCUUGGAGCAGGAACAGGAGUGCCUUGUCAACCGUCUCAUGAGGAAGAUCGAGAAACUGGAAGCUGAAACUUUGGCUAAGCAGACUAAUCUGGAACAACUGAGGAGGGAGAAGGUGGAACUCGAGAACACCCUGGAACAAGAACAAGAGGCCCUAGUUAACAAGCUGUGGAAACGUAUGGAUAAAUUGGAGGCCGAGAAGCGUAUGCUUCAGAUCAAGCUGGACCAGCCAGUUUCUGAUCCAGCCAGUCCAAGGGAAAUCAGCAACGGGGACACUGCUAGCAAUUUAAGCUCUCAUAUUCAGACUCUUCGUUCAGAGGUGGCUAGGCUACGCUCCAAUCUUGCCAUCAGCCAACAAGAACACACUCAGAAGAUGCAACGCUACGCUCAGGAGGAGCGGAACAUCAAGGAGGAAAAUUUGAGACUACAAAGGAAGCUGCAGCUGGAAGUAGAACGGAGAGAAGCUCUCUGCAGGCAUCUCUCCGAAAGUGAAAGUUCCUUAGAGAUGGAGGAGGAGCGGCAUUACAACGAGCAAGUACUUGGCGCAAGGCAGCACACUGUCUCGCCCAUUCCGGCGUACAAUCCGUCGCCCAGCCAGAGCCGGCCUCUGAGCCCAGGUUUGUCGUCUAUGCAAGCUCCGUCGCCAAGGGACUCCCUGAUCGUGGGUCCGCCGAGGUGCCACUCUUGCGGGCAGCUGGUCAAUCCGGCUUGCGUCUCGGCAGCCCUGCAUCCAGUGGGUUCUAGCAGCCCCCCAGCUCCACCCCAUCGCCGCCCCAGUGAACGGUUCAUAAAGCCAGCCAUCCCGGCGCCCCAGCCAGCUAGUCCCAUGGACACCUCGAUGAACAAGGAUUAAUAAGAUGCCGAAAAGAGCAAUCUUUCAAACUGCAGAAUUUCUAUUUUGAUGGUCGCAAUGCUAUUUUGAAAAA